AUGCCAGUGUCUUCAUUCUCCCUUCUUCCCCAUAGGAGCAUGGGAGAUCACCUUGACCUUCUCUUAGGAGUGGUGCUCAUAACCAGCCAUGGGCUUGGGCUUUCUCCCUGCUCCUCCAAUGACCGGAUAGCCUUGUACCGUUUCUGCAACCUCACCCAGGUCCCCCAAGUCCUCAACACCACUGAGAACCUCCUGCUAAGCUUCAACUAUAUCAAGACAGUCACAGCCACUUCAUUCCCCUUCCUGAAGCAGCUGCUGCUGCUGGAACUUGGGACUCAGUUUACCCCCUUGACUAUUGACAAAGAAGCCUUCAGAAACCUCCCCAAUCUUAGAAUCUUAGACCUGGGCAAAAGUCAGAUAGACUUCUUACAUCCAGAUGCUUUUCAGGGACUGCCCCAUCUGUUUGAACUGAGAUUAUUUGCCUGUGGUUUCUCCGAUGCUCUGUUAAGAGAUGGUUAUUUCAGAAACCUGCAGUCUUUGAUGCACCUGGACCUGUCCAAGAAUCAGAUUCAUAACCUUUACCUUCAUCCUUCAUUCUGGGAAUUGAAUUCCUUGCAGUCCCUUGAUUUUUCUCUCAACCAAAUAACCACUGUGUGUGAACAUGAGCUCAGGCCUCUUCAAGGGAAAACACUCUCCUUUUUCAACCUUGCUUCUAAUAGCCUCUACAGAGACUUCAUGGACUGGAGGAAAUGUAUGAACCCAUUCAGAAAUAUAAGCCUGGAAACCUUAGAUGUUUCCAGCAAUGGCUGGACCAUAGGCACCACAAGAAACUUUAGCCAUGCCAUCAGCGGAAGCAAAGUGUCCUCUUUGGUUCUUAGCUACCACGUUAUGGGUUCUGGGUUUGGAUUCCAAAACAUCAGAGAUCCUGACCAGAACACAUUUGCAGGCCUGGCCGGAAGCUCGGUAAUACACCUGGACCUUUCACAUGGGUUCAUCUUCUCCCUGAACUCCCGAGUCUUUGAGGCCUUCAGAGAGUUGAAGCUCUUGAACCUUGCCCACAACAAGAUAAACAGGAUUGGGAAUGAAGCAUUUUAUGGACUCAACAGCCUCCAAGUUCUCAAUAUCUCAUACAACCUCCUGGGGGAACUUUAUAAUUCUAAUUUCUAUGGACUACCUGAGGUAACCUACAUUGAUCUGCAAAAGAACCACAUUGGAAUCAUCCAGGACAAAACAUUCAGAUUCCUGGGGAAAUUAAGCACCUUGGAUCUCCGGGAUAAUGCUCUUAAAAUGAUUCAUUUUCUUCCAAGCAUAUCUACUAUCUUGCUGGGUGGCAAUAAUCUGGUAACUUUGCCAACUAUCACAUUUACAGCCAACUUCAUCCACUUAGCAGAGAACAGGCUGGAAACUCUGGAUGAUCUCUAUGUCCUUUUACAGAUGCGUGGCCUCCAGAUUCUCAUUUUAAAUCAAAAUCGCUUUUCCUCUUGCCACCAACAACUUGCCCCUUCAGAGAAUCUCCACUUGGAACAGCUUUUCCUUGGAGAAAAUAUGUUGCAACUUGCCUGGGAAACUGGGUUCUGUUGGGAUGUUUUUAAGGGCCUUUCUCGUCUCCAAGUCUUGUAUUUGAAUAGCAACUACUUGAGUUUCCUUCCACCAGGCAUAUUUAGCCACCUGACUGCAUUAAGGAAGCUCAUCCUCAACUCCAACAGGCUGACGGUUCUUUCUCCCGGUGACUUACCUGCCACGUUAGAGGUCCUUGAUAUAUCGAGAAACCAACUUCUGUCUCCUGAUCCUGAUUUAUUUGCAUCACUUAGUUUCCUGGACAUAACUCAUAACAGCUUCAUCUGUGAGUGUGAACUUAGCAGUUUCAUCAGUUGGCUCAAUCAAACCAAUGUCACUCUCGUGGGGUCUCCUAAAAACCUCUACUGCGUGUACCCCAGCUCAGUCUCUGGGGCAUCCCUCUAUGCUUUUUCAACAGAAGAUUGUGAUGAAGAGGAAUUCUUUAAGUCUCUAAAGUUUUUCCUUUUCUCCUUCCUCACUGCCACAUUGACUGUCUUCCUCACGGCUACCAUUACAGUCACGAAGUUUCGAGGGUUUUGUUUCAUCUGCUAUAAGACAGUCCAGAAACUCGUACUCAAGGACCUGACUGAGGAGAGAGCAUCUGACACGUACCAGUACGAUGCCUAUUUGUGCUUCAGUAGCAAAGACUUCGAGUGGGUGCAGAACGCUUUGCUAAAAUACCUGGAUACUCAGUACGGGAACCACAACAGAUUUGACCUGUGCUUUGAAGAAAGAGACUUUGUCCCAGGGGAGAACCACCUCAUCAACAUCCACGAUGCCGUGUGGCACAGCAGAAAGGUCGUCUGUAUUGUGAGCAGACACUUCCUUCGAGAUGGCUGGUGCCUGGAAGCCUUCACUCACGCCCAGAGCAGGUGUGUGGCAGACCUCAGCAACGCCCUCAUCGUCGUGGUGGUCGGGUCCCUGUCCCACUACCAGCUGAUGAAACAUCCGGCCAUGCGAGGGUUUGUACAGAAGCAGCAGUACUUGAGGUGGCCUGAGGAUCUCCAGGAUGUUGACUGGUUUCUCAGUAAACUCUCUCAGCACAUACUGAGGAAAGAAAAGGGAAGGAAGAAAGACAAUAACAUCCCCUUGCAAACUGUCUCCACCAUCUCCUAGUUAGAGGGACAGGUCUCUCCUUCCCUCACGCCAUAAGUAACUCUUCACAUUGGACUUGCGCUAAGC